GCUGUCCCAACAGCUUCGUUCCCCCUUGAGGAAGUCUCCCAUGCUCAGGUCCAGCCCCCUCGGCGGCAGCGGUUUCCCCGAAGCUGCUCCCCAUCUGUGGGAUAAGUCCGAACGCCACAGCCUUUCUGCUCUGGGGUCCGAAGCCUUCCAGUUCCCCGAGAGGAGAAGCAGGAGGCGGGGGUCAGCCGACCGAGUUAGGAAACUCUUAUCCCGAGGGCCGGCUUCCCCAAAGGAGUGGUCUUGCUGCUGACGGAGGCUGGGCCGGAACUGUGGUUGGGCUUGGGUUGCUAAAAUACCGAAGAAUCAUGCCUCUUCCAGAUACUAUGUUCUGCGCUCAGCAGAUUCAUAUACCCCCAGAACUUCCUGAUAUCUUGAAACAAUUCACCAAAGCUGCUAUUAGAACUCAACCAACCGAUGUAUUACAGUGGUCUGCAGGAUAUUUUUCAGCUUUGUCAAAAGGUGAUCCCCUUCCUGUAAAGGAGAGAGUUGAAUUGCCAGUUGCUACCCAGAAAACAGAUUCAGGAUUGACAAGAGGACUACUUAAAGUUUUACAUAAGCAGCUUUCUCACAAAAAAAUUGUGGAUUUAAGAGAACUUCAGCAGAAAUGGAAGACUCUGUGCUUGCCAGUAGAAACACUCGGUUUCAUUCUCAGAAUGGAUCCUAUGGAAGAAGACACAGUAGAAUGGAUGAAAUUUUUCUCACUUGCUUGUAGCAUGCUGGGUGGGACCUUACAUAGUGCAAUGAAGCAUGCUUGUGAAAUUCUUACAGAAGAUCCCGAAGGUGGACCUGCUCGUAUCCCAUUUGAGACUUUCUCUUUCAUCUUUACUUAUCUCUCAGGAUUAGAUGAGGAUAGACCUGAGACUGAAACUAACCUUUUUCUCAGUAAUCUUGAAGACUCAGUAGUUUCUAGGAAAGAUGGAAUGAUAGGAGUUUCAGAUUUCUUCAUAGAGGACAAGAAGAAAUACCGUUCAGCUUAAGAAGCAAAUUGGGGAAAUUUUCUCAGAAAACAUAUGGCACUACUUCAGAGAAGAGAGCGCUUUUAAAAAUCAAAUAGUGCUUUAUGAAAACUUAGCAACAAAUACAGCUUUGUGCAUAACCAACA